AACACGUGUAUACAUUUUCAGUUUUAUAACUAAUUUGCGACUUCCAACUUCAUCACCUUAAUGCAACUUCUGUUUCUCCGUUUCUUAAUUGACAUUGAAAUAUGUUUGUCAGAUUCCACUAAACCUAUUCGAAAGAUAGAUCCUUCGUUAAAAAUUUAAAAUCAGAAUGAGCAUGAGUAGUCAAGAAAAACCCGUCACAUACAGGGACGUGUUUUCAGUGACAAGCGAACUUGGUUCAAAAUCAAUAGCACCACAAGAUGCAGCAAUAAUGCAGUCAGCAGAGAGUAUAGCGUUGGGUCAUGUUCCCAAAGGCGGCCCUGCAUCACUCAUGCAGUCUGCCGUCUCUCAGAAUGAGAGUAUUGGGGUCGUAGCUCCUGAUGACAUGACUGAUUUCGCGAGAGUUCAAGGCGUUACUGUCUCUCAAGCGGAGGUUGGUGGUACUCGCAUUGUUUCUGAAUCUGUUGGUGGAGAGGUAAUUGCACAAUAUAUUUAUCGAUCAGAAGCAGCAGGAGUUGAUGAAGAGAGAGCAGCACGAUAUCCUACAACAGGAGUUCAAGAGGAGGCAGUUACGGUAGGUGAAGCACUAGAGGCAGUGGCACUUAAGCCUGCAGGGGACAAACCAAUUGAGCAGAGCGAUGCCGCGGCGAUACAGGCUGCAGAAGCAAGAGCCACUAGACGAAGCGAAGUAGUCCCGGGAGGUGUAGGAGCAGAAGCUCAACGGGCUGCUUCGGUAAAUGCUCGAGCGGAUGAUAAGAUCACACUUGGUGAUGUGCUUACA